CAACCUCCAAUCCCACCGUAACCUUGAAGGGUGGAUUGGCACCGUGUCAUUCGACUGUACUUGUAACAUGUUUUCUCGCUGGUUUUUCUGCCAAGGUUUCCAUGGGAGAGAACUGGCCGUCAGAAGCGUCUAGUUCUUUCUCUUAUCAAUCAACAUGUACCGAGUCCGAUAGAAAUUUCUUCUCAUCUAGCAGUAACGGCCAGCGUCUUUGUGCAGCAGAGUUCAAGGAAUCAGACUUACAUCAUCUAGAAAGUCGAAGGUUACAAUUGCAUGCGUCAAAGAUCCAUCACAUUGGAGAAUGAUUUUUUCAUGAUCAUGGAACCGACUCCAGGUUCCAUGGAUCGUCAUAGGCACUUUCGUUGUGGGAAGUUGGCUUUGGGGAAGCUGAUGCUGUUCUUGCAUUCAAGGACGGGAUCGGGAACUUUCCGGAGGGAGCCUUGGAUAAUUGGAUUCCUUGCAAGCGAUCAGAGUACUCUUCGUGGACCAGAGUUACUUGCAAUCGUCCGCUGCAUGUUUCUGCUCUACACUUGUCUUUGCUGUAUUUGAUUGAAUCGUUGGGCCCUUCGUUGUGCAUUCUUCCGUACCUCCAUGGAGGUCUUCGAGGUACGGAAUAUUGCACAACGAAGGGCCCAUCUGGACCAAAACUUUCUGCAAAGCGAGCUUCCUCGUGAUUUAGGACGGCUGUCGAGGUUAGGAAUCCUGAACCUGGAAGACAAUCUGGAUCUCAGCUACAACUUCAAGUGGUAGUUUGCCUGCGGACGUUGGGAGGCUGUCAAGUGCGAAGUGCAUUUUCAUCCGAAACAAUAUGUUCGAAGGAGAGCUCCCUCAAUCUUUAACAAACAUCAGCUUGCUCACCUAUCGGAAAUUUCCGACAACAAGUUCAGUGAUCCUUUGGAUGCGUUGAGGAACUCAAUAAUCCUGCAAGUUCUGUUUCUAGGUAGAUGAGAUCUGGUCCAGAAUUCAUUCACGGGAAGCCUGACGGCUGAGAUGGUGAGGUCGUGGCUGACAGUGCAGAUUCUGGACCUCGGCUUCAAUGCUACGAUUCGGAAAGAUCGCAUAGCCCUAGAUUUUAUGACCCAACUCUGGUUAUUGCGUUUUUCUGGAAACAACGUCGAUGACCUGCAAAAGUUGUAAUGGUUGUAAUUGAAUGACAACCAGCUCACGGGAAAGAUUUCCGUUAGAUUGGUAGACAUGCAGGAUGUCACAGAUCUAACAGGCUCCAUACUCCAGCAGUUCAGCAACCUCAUCAAGAUCCAGGUCUUGUGAUUGUAUAGGAUGAACCGAGUGGGAAUCAUUUCUCGGGGGUGCUGCCUAAGUUCUAUGUCCUGAAUCCUCAGCUUAUAGCUCAAUCCAUUAUGCUAUUCCAUUCUUGUUGCAGAUUCGUUCUAUAUGCGCAUGUCGAGAUCUAUUUGAAGAUUCCAUAAACAAGACCUGUGAAUCUUCUGCUUUCAGUUGCGGCGGUGAUUUCGAUCUUGGUCCCAUCAUUUAACGGGCAGAGUCGUGGAGUUCAUAUUUUCAUGAAGGCGUUGGCAAUAGGAGCUUCAGUUGGAUUUGCACCUGUCAUCGAUCUCAUCACUUUGAUACUAGCCUUCAGAAACAGGUUACUAUGUCCAGAACAUACUGUCUCUAUCACCAGCAUUCUCAGAUCUACGUAUUGCAGACGAAUUCAUUCGAUCACAUCAAUUUGGCUGACAGCGGGUGGAUUUACGUAGAAUCUUGUAAGAUAGCCAGCUUGCGAGUGCAGAUUACGAGCUUGUGCUACUAAGAGGGCAGUUUUUCUAGAUAGUUUGAAUCGGGUUGAUAAUAUUUCAAUAAACCUGAUGAGAUUUGUAACAGUUAAUGGUGGAGGGUCUACAUACCUCGCCUUAAGAUCUAGUCAUUGAAUUUUAGGUUUACUUAUUUAUUUUUCGAAAAAAAAUACACAAAGUAGGUCAAAUUAGCUAGAAUGACCAUAUGGUAAAUGAUAAUAUAGGUCUAUAACUUCCCCGGAUCCGGUAGAAUUUCACGAGUUAGAUCGGUACUCUAGAAAUCUUAUAUAGGUCAGUUCCUUGAACUCUGCUGCACAAAGACGUUCAAAGGAAAUAUUCUGGCCGUUAGUGCUGGAUGAGAUGAAAUUUCUCUCGCACUCCACAGAUGUUGACUGAUGCAAGAGAGAACUGGAGGCUUCUUACGGCUACUUCUCUGUUAUGGAAACCCUGGCAGAGAAACUAGCGAGAAAACAUGCUAGAAGUAGAAUGGAAUGACCCGGUGCCAUCGUGGCAUCAAGGUGGGAGAGGAGGCUGGACUGAUGGGAUGAAUACAAUUUUGG